AACACACUAAAUAAAUUAGAAUUCAAUAUUUUUUCUCUCUUUUUCCAUCUCCAGGAAAUUUGCUUACAAUCCCUUGCUUAAAAGCACGUUUAUCGAGCUUUACCAAUCCGAAUUUGGAUCUCCGCUACCAGCAAAAUCACCACUAGAGAAAUGGCAAGGGCAUGAAGAAAUCGCUUACCAAACACAAUGCUGAUACAUAAAUUAUCAAAACCCAAAAAAAUUCAAUAUUUUUGUACCGUUGCCUUUAGCAGCUGCGUGAUAACGAAAACAACAACACCAUAUAAGUAUUUUAACAUAAACGAUGACAUCGAUACUCUCUGCAAACAGGGAAGAGUGAAUGAAGCUGUCGAUAUUCUGAGUUUAAUGGAUAAACAAGGCAUUCAACCGGACUUAAAGAUUUAUACUUCUCUUCUGAGGGGAUGCAUUGAGACAAAAUCACUGAAAGAAGGUAAGAAUGUACAUGAUCAUAUGAUUAGACAUAAGUUUGAUAAAGAAACAUUUCUGUUGAAUAAUCUUAUAAUAAUGUAUGCAAAAUGCAAGAGUUUGGAAGAUGCACGCCAAGUGUUUGACAAAAUACCUCAGCGAAAUGUGGUGUCUUGGACUGUGAUGAUCUCUGGGUACGUUCAGAAUGGGAAUUGUUUAGAAGGGCUGAGGUUGUUUCGGCGGAGAGAAGGGGUUAAUGUGGAUCAGUACUGCUUGGCUAGCGCACUCCGAGCUUGCAUAAGGAUGGGAUGGAUUCAAGAGGGGCGGAGAGUUCACGGGGAUGUUAUUAAGAAUGCAUAUGAGUUGGAUAUGUUUGUGCAGAAUGUGCUUGUUCAUAUGUAUGUGAAAUGUGGAGUUGUUGAGGAUGCAUGGCAAGUGUUUGAGAGGAUGUCUGAGCCAAAUGUGGUGUCAUGGACCGCAGUGAUUGGUGGGUACGCACAGAACAGGAAUUGGAGUAAGGCGCUUACGCUGUUCAGUGAAAUGCACCACGAGGGUGUGAAGUUGGAUCAAUCAGCGUAUGCUAGUGUUUUGAGAAUAUGUUGCAGUGCAAUGGCUUUAGAACAGGGAAAGCAGGUUCAUGCGCUUGCUGUUCAUAGUGGAUUUGAUUUGGAUGUGAUUGUGGGGAGCGCUCUGGUUGAUACUUAUGUCAAAUGUGGAAGUGUAGAGAAUGGGCGACGUUUGUUUGACAGGAUGCCUUGUCGAAAUGUGGUAUCAUGGACUGCUAUGAUUGUUGGGUAUGCACAACGUGGACAUGGUAUUGAGGCUCUGAGACUUUAUCUUCAAAUGCAACGAGAUGGCAUUAAUGUGGAUGAAUACACAGUAGCAGGUGUUCUUGGGGCGUGUUCUAGUUUGGCAGCUCUAGAACAGGGCAAACAGGUUCAUGGAACUGUUGUAAGAAUCGGGUUUGAACUGGAUGUGUCUGUCUGUAACGGUCUUAUCGACAUGUAUGGGAAAUGUGGAAAAAUAGAGGAAGCGCGGAAAAUAUUUGACAUUAUACCCGAAUCUAGUGUGGCCUCGUGGAAUGCAAUGAUUGCAGGCUUCGCCCAGCAUGGAAAAGGCAAGGAGGCCAUUCUUCUGUAUGAACAAAUGCUUCAGGCAGGGGUAAAUCCAGACGUGAUCACCUUUGUAGUUGUUCUUUCGGGGUGUAGUCAUGCCGGCCUUUUGGAUGAGGGUCAUCAUUACUUUGCUUCCAUGACUCGUGAUCAUGGCAUUGCACCAAAGGCAGAGCAUUAUGGUUGUAUGGUUGACCUUCUUGGCCGUGCUGGCCGUCUUGAUGAAGCAUUUAACUUCAUCAACCAAAUGCCAAUUGAACCCAAUGCUUCAGUGUGGGGAUCUUUGCUUGGUGCUUGCAGAGUUCAUGGCAAUAUAGAGUUGGGAGAAAAAGCAGUAGAACAUCUUCUUGAAUUAAUCCCCGAAAAUCCAGCACCUUAUGUUUUGCUGUCAAAUAUAUAUGCUGCUGCAGGUAGGUGGAAAGAUGCUGCCAAAGUGCGAAGUUUGAUGAAAGACAGAGGAGUUAAAAAGCAGCCGGGCUGCAGUUGGAUUGAGGUCCAAAAAAGGGUGCAUCAGUUUAUUGUAGGAGACAAAACACACCCACAAAUAGAGAAAAUUCAUGAAACAUUAGAAACGUUGGCAUUACAAAUGAAGACAGCAGGGUACGUACCAGAUACAAACUUUGUCUUGCAUGAUAUUGAGGAAGAGCAGAAGCAACGCCUUCUUGGCCACCACAGUGAGAAAUUGGCCAUUGCUUUCGGUAUUAUUAGCUUGCCUCCGGGGACGACUAUCCACGUUGUAAAGAAUCUCCGAGUAUGUGGUGAUUGCCACACUGCCACCAAGUUCAUAUCCAAGAUUGUCAAUCGGGAAAUCGUUUUGAGAGACACGCACCGCUUCCAUCAUUUCAAGGAUGGGAAGUGUUCUUGUGGAGAUUACUGGUGACAAUGCAAGGGAACAGAGGACCAAUUCAUUGUCUUCUACUCUUUGUUCUUGAUUUGAGAAUCAAUCAUCUGUAGUUUGAAACAAAACUGUUCACCACCACGGAUUUUUUUUAGCAGGAGAAACAACUGGUUUUGCCUUGGAGACUUCAAGAAUUGCUUGGAAGGAACUCCACAAGUUGCCAGACAACAUCAAAUCAAUUGGGGACUUUUGCAGCCUUCAAGUACUGAUUUUGCUUGGAUCCAUAAUUUUCAACUUGGUUUGUUAUAUUCGAAAUCAUGUAAAGAGACUGGACGCAUUCUGGUGUCCAACACGUGAGAUGUUCGAGAACUUACAGACCAUGAUCUUUUUGGCAGGAAUUUCUCCUGUAGACUGAAUGCACUAGUAUUGAUAUAAAAUGACAAUCUAGUAUGCCAUACUCUUCCUUAGAUGGUCUCUACGAUGAACUGAGGAUUUAUGACACACCAAAUCAAAAUUCAAACAGAGGUCUAGAGAGUGUCUCCCAUAUGAGCUUAACAAAUUAUCAUUGCCUUGUUAUACUCAACUUGAUCGACACAGAGGGACUGAUUCUCUAGGAGCGGCUAUUGCAUAUCCAUGAUAAAGAGUUACUAUUAUCAUUCAUUCUUCUGGCUAAUUACGCUGAAUUGCAGAUGUUUAAUUUGGAGAACAGAAUUUGAGUUAAAAGAAUUCUUCCAUCGAUUCAAAGAUUUUGAGACAGAGGUGCGUUAAAAACAAUUCACCGUGUCAUUUCUCUAAAUAUUGGUCACCGUUGCAAUGAAACUGGAGACCAUUCCAGAAGAUACGAAUUAGCUCUUAUACUUGAACCUAUCUGUUCAGAAAUUCUAAACAACCUUGAUGUGACGAAGCUAUCCGACAACAUUGAUUCUUACAAGAUUAACAUUUUGAUAUAUGUUAUUCAAUGAAUAGUAAUUUCCAGGUAAUUCUGACCUCCGUGAGAAUCUGUUUUUAGCCUCUGCCUGGUUCAUCUCCCCGGUCUGUUACUGAAGAGACCAUUUCACAACUCAUGGGUGAGACAGUUGAUUUUUCACUGUUCGUAUUACAUGGAACUGAUGAGGAGAGUUUUCAAGUGAUGAUUUCUUUUCUCCAAGUUUUUGUAUGCUUACUCCUAUUUAAAAAAAUCCACAAUACAGUAGUUCAUUCAUUGAUAUAAAUAAAUUAAUAUUUUUAUCGGCA